AAAUCCUAUAAUUCAGGAUACCGAUUUCCUGGAAUCUACGGGCUGGGUUGGCGUAUCACGAGCUGGAGUUAGCGGUCCUCAGUGAGGGAGGGAUUGGAGAAAAACAAGCUCCUCAAAAUGGCAGAACGGGUCAACAACUUCCCCCCGCUGCCUCGGUUCGCGCCCCGCUUCUUAAAGCCGUGCUUCUACCAGAACGUGGAGGAGGAGAUCCCACCCCCGCACCGGCAGCUUGUGCGCAGAGUGUACAACCUGUGGAUCUUGUACUCUGCCACGCUGUGUGUGAACGUGGUGUCCUGCAUAGCCUGGUGGGCAGGCGGGGGAAGCGGAGUCAAUUUCGGCCUCUCUCUGCUCUGGCUCAUACUCUUCAGCCCGUGUAGCUACACCUGCUGGUUCAGACCACUGUACAAGGCCUUCCGGGCGGACAGUUCUUUCAACUUCAUGGCCUUCUUCUUCGUGUGUUUCCUCCAGUGUGUGCUGGUCAUCAUCCAGGCUGUGGGCAUCUCAGGCUGGGGGGCAUGUGGCUGGAUCGCGGCGGUGAUGUUCUUCAGCUAUAACGUGGGCUCGGCUGUGGUGAUGCUGUUCUCUGCUCUGCUCUUCUCUCUGGUGGCAGUGCUGAUGGUGCUGGCUCUGUACAGAGUGCACCGGCUGUACCGCGGCGGCGGGGGCAGCAUGCAGCGCGCCCAGGAGGAGUGGAGCAGCGGGGCGUGGAAGAGCGCCUCCGCCCGCGAGGCGGGCUUCAAUGCCAUCUCCGUCAGCGGGCCCAGCCUGCCCCAGUACCCCGCCGCCGUGCCCAGCUACCCGGAGAGCGGGCCCUGGUGAUGUGAUGCCCUGACCAGCCACUAGAGGGAGCAGUGGAGCCGCUCCUACCAUCUCAGACCCCGCCCCCCCAUCCCCCCCCCCCCCGGCUCCACUUUCCCCGCCACACUCUGACAGGUGGAAACGGGUGCGCUGCGGUUUUUUAAAAAGCUCUACGCAGGCGCGGGGAAGAUUAUCAGUGCCCGUGCGGGGCGUAGACGCUAACCGCCGCCGCCCCGCCCUCCCAAACAGAUUCCGAACGGCCGCGUUGCCCGCGGCAACUCCGCUGUGCUGAGACCACCGUUGGAAACAUUCCUGAAGGCCUUUAAAAAAAAAAAAAUUAAAAAAAAUUAUAUGUACAUAUGCGUAAAUUGUAAAUUGUAAAAUGAAAAAAAGAUUCAUUCCGGUCAUCGUCAUUCCAUAUUUUGUUUACAGAGAACAAUUGGGGUUUUUCCAAAAUAUAUAUAUAUAUUUUUUUUUUUUUUGCCUGUCAUGGAUAUUGUAGAAAUAUGAGUCAAAGCACUUAUCGCAUAUCUCAACAUUUCUUUUUUCAUCAAAUCCAUUAUCUGUUCACUCAGUUGGGUCGUGGAAUUGAUGGCAAGAGCAGAUUUAUUACUCUGGAGUAAUAACCACCUUUUAAAAAAAAUUAUCCCCAAUCAGUUCAAAUUAAUCGGUUCGGUAGGGUUAGACAAGUUGGGGAAACCCCAGCCAUGUGACAUAUUGACAUUGUAGCUGACAGUACGGUAGACUUUAUAGAAUACACAGAGGGGAGCAUUGGGUUUUGAAUGUUAGAGUGGGUAUUGCUUUAUUAGACAACUCUGGGGUUUAAACAAGGAGUUACACUGGGACUCCCGUUCACUCUCGCUGCAUCGUUAGCUUUGAAGCUUUAAAAGCCUUUCUAGAAGCCUAGCGCAUUUCUCGGUUUACGUUUGUGAGAUUUUUCGGCGCACUCUAGCGCAGCUUUAAACGCGAGCUCGUUGAGACAAUCCUUCCGCGGAAUGACAUUUCGUCCCACUUCCUGGGGUUAAACGUUGCGCUUGGUCGCAGGCGUUUCGGUGGAGCAGAAGGGUCGGAUGAGUCACAGGGAGGGGGGUUUUAUGGAAAUCGGGCUCCGUUCCAAUUUAGCCUCUUAAGCCCCGACUUUUGGGGCGCACCAAUCCUGCGUUAGCGAUGUGGGGGAGGGUCUGUGAUCUAGUCACGCCCAUGUCCUCUGCUGGACUUCCAUGGAAGAAUGAGUGGCUCAGUUUGGGGGGGGGGGGGUGAUAUUAUUGCAUGUGUUCAGCACAAAACUGAACCUCCGGCAAAGAAAAUGGCCGCCAGCCUCAUUUCCGCUUAAAACCGCUGACUGAACACAACUGACAUAGUGAAGAGACCGCGUCGAAUGAAAACACACGAUUGCAGUCACAAUCGGCCAAUCGCAACACAGGAUUACAGUCACAAACGCACGAUUGCAGUCACAUUCGGCCAAUUGCAACACACGAUUUCAGUCACAUUAUGCCAAUCACAAUGGCGCAUUACAUCACUAGAACAUCCUAACUGGAGAAUGCAUACCGGUAGUCAGCAUGUCCGCGCUCACCUGUUUAGAUGUUGGCGUUACUGUGGAGGAUGUUGCGCCAUUUUCUCCACGGUUCUGAGCUUCAGCUUGAGAGUUCUGUUCCUCCGGUUUUCAGAGUGACCGCUGAAGACAAGCAAAAGCCAGAGCACCAGAAAGUGACCUGUGAAUUCACCAAUUACUUCCUGAAAUUCAGCACGGAAAAAUUACUUCAGUUUGAGUCGCAUAGUCCUAACUGCAGCUGGGUAUCAUUUGAAAUGGCACGGAAAACCGUUCUCAUUUCCUUUACGUGCAACACAACAGAAAAACAAUGUUUUAAGACAGUUGGGGAAGUGCUUUCUAAAAGAAAAUGAGCUGUAAUAUGUCAUUGCUAGGACGCAGAGCCUGCUUUGUUGGGAGUGGUCCACAAUUUCAGAGAUUCCUUUUUGUGUGUGAUGUCAUAAUGAGGAUUGACCUUUGACUGGAACAGCUGGAGCAGCUGCAGGAUCGAGAGAUUCUGUCCUUAAUGAUUAUUCUGCCAUCAGUGCUUGUGCAGUGGGCACCUCAGAACACACUUUCUUUCCCAAAAAAGUCAUCCCUUACACUAGCCUGGGGUGUGAGCUUUGAGGCAGCCCUGUUUCCACUUGUGCACCUUCGCGUGCUGUUUACACUAAAAUUCUGAAACUGGACCUGCUGGGGCCAACCCGAAAUCUUUCUGCGUGUGUAAAUAUUGCAUUAACAACUUUUUUGUAAACUAACGUGUUAAAGGGUAGUAAGAAAAAAGAUUUUGGACAGAGAGCUGCCACUCAAGGACCAGGGUUUGACCCCUUUGAGUUCACCACGAUUACAAGGUUUUUGGAGUGGACAGUUUUACCUCUCCACCCCCCCUCCCCCCCCCCCCCCACCACAGUAGCGAGGGAAUGUAGAGCUACGUGCCUGUGUUCACAGCACCCCACAAGUGUGUGUGUGUGUAAGCGUGCAUUUUCUUGAUAGCAUUGUUGUCAUUAUAUUUAAUGUUUUUUUUUUAUUUUUUAAAUACACACACCCACCGUUGCCUCACGUAUGAAGACCCCCUGUACGACACGCCUUAACGCUUGCGGUAGUCACCCUCGCAUGGCGAGUAAAUCGCGCUCGAUUCUCACCCGCUUCCGCUCUUCGCUUUAAACAGGCGCUGUUCUGUCUGCGCUUUCACUGAACACACGCCCUUAUCUCCCAACAGCACUCAGACGCACUCACAGACCGUGUAUUGUAUCGACUUUAAAGGACACCUUGGGCUUUUUCACUGAAAUAUUUACCACCAGGAUUUUACCUUUACAAUUAUCGUUUUAACACGCACUAAUUGUACCUUGAAUGUUAAUCUUACAUCUUCUUGGGGGGAAAAGUCAAGCAGCUGAAUACAAACCAACGGGAAAGUGCUGAACUGGACAUACUCAGUGCAAGCCAAGCCAACUGACCUGACCUGAAGGGCAGAUUCUCAAAGGCUCACCAUGUCCAAACGAGCGCUUGGUUUCUCCCGUUGCUGACUCGCCCUGGGUGUCUUUAAACAAAGCCUCACAAGUCCGCUCUGCCCAGACAUCAGAAUGCCAGCUCUCCAUCUUUAGCGGUGCCCAUGGUGAUGAUGUCCUUUUUUUUUCUGUUCUGAUUUAGCCAUGCGGUUUCCUUUGUUCCCUGUAGUUAGGAGCUGGUGCACCCUCCCUCCCUCUCUCCCUCUCUCUCUCUCUCUCUCUCUGUUUUGUCAGUGUUCCCGCACAUUAACCAUCUCAAUCUCCUAAUAGCUGGAGCGCUGUGUUUACAGUCAGACCGGCCGGGCUGACUUACUGACUGACUGACUUGCGGCCAUGUAUCGCUAACUGAAUAUGUGACUUGAGUUUUUUUUUUUUUUUUUUCUUUUAAACUAUUUGAAGUGCUGCUCCCCCCCACGUUGUACCUGUGUGGGGGGAGAUAGUUUGUUUUGGAGACUAUAGUUCAUCUCUGAUAUGUGCUGUUGUUAAAAUUUUAAUACCAUUGAAUAUAACUUACAUUUCAUAUGCAUUUUUAAAAGCUUGUUUAUAUAUAUAUAUAUAUAUAUACAUAUAAAUAAUGUAUGUAUAUCUAUAUAUACACACACAGUUUAUAGAAUUUUUUUAUGGAAACAUUGAAGAAACAUAAGUUGUGUGGUUAUGAAUUUGUGCCUGCCUAAAUCACUGGCUUGUUUUGAAAUUCCAUCUGGAUAAAUAUUUAUCUCAAUAAACAUUCCUGUUAUGAA